AUGAUUGAACAAAUGAAGAGAAUGGACGGGCUUCAGAGGAGCAGAUACGGGACCAUGGCUGAAGGCGGGAUAGAACAUAAGCUGUUUGCAACCUCGUCCUCAUUGAGGAUCAUCCUGGUGGGCAAAACAGGCAGCGGGAAAAGUGCCACCGGGAACAGCAUCCUCUGCCAGCCAGUGUUUGAGUCCAGGCUGGGGGCCCAGUCGGUGACCAGGGAGUGUCAGGGCGCAACGGGCACGUGGGAUGGGAGGAGCGUCCUGGUGGUGGACACGCCCCCCAUCUUUGAGGCGACGGCCCAGGACCAAGAGGCCUACGAGAACAUCGGGGACUGCUACCUGCUCUCGGCCCCGGGGCCUCACGUGCUGCUGCUGGUGACCCAGCUGGGGCGCUUCGCAGAGCAGGACGUGGUGGCCGCGACCAGGGUGAAGGAGGUCUUUGGGGCGAGAGCCCUGAGACACACGAUCGUCCUCUUCACCCACAAGGAGGACUUAGCGGACGGAUCCUUGCGUGACUACGUAGCAAACACAGACAACGUGAGGCUGAGGGGCCUGGUCCGGGAGUGCGGGCAGAGGUACUGCGCCUUCAGCAACCGGGCCUCCGGGGACGAGCAGAGGAAGCAGCUGGCCGAGCUGAUGGCCGUGGUCGAGGGGCUGGAGAGGGAGCUCCGCGGGAUAGAACAUAAGCUGUUUGCAACCUCGUCCUCAUUGAGGAUCAUCCUGGUGGGCAAAACAGGCAGCGGGAAAAGUGCCACCGGGAACAGCAUCCUCUGCCAGCCAGUGUUUGAGUCCAGGCUGGGGGCCCAGUCGGUGACCAGGGAGUGUCAGGGCGCAACGGGCACGUGGGAUGGGAGGAGCGUCCUGGUGGUGGACACGCCCCCCAUCUUUGAGGCGACGGCCCAGGACCAAGAGGCCUACGAGAACAUCGGGGACUGCUACCUGCUCUCGGCCCCGGGGCCUCACGUGCUGCUGCUGGUGACCCAGCUGGGGCGCUUCGCAGAGCAGGACGUGGUGGCCGCGACCAGGGUGAAGGAGGUCUUUGGGGCGAGAGCCCUGAGACACACGAUCGUCCUCUUCACCCACAAGGAGGACUUAGCGGACGGAUCCUUGCGUGACUACGUAGCAAACACAGACAACGUGAGGCUGAGGGGCCUGGUCCGGGAGUGCGGGCAGAGGUACUGCGCCUUCAGCAACCGGGCCUCCGGGGACGAGCAGAGGAAGCAGCUGGCCGAGCUGAUGGCCGUGGUCGAGGGGCUGGAGAGGGAGCUCCAGGGCGCCUACCUCAGCAACGACCUCUUCUUUGAUGCACAGCGGCUCCAGCAGGGCGGGGGCGACCCCCAUGGAGAAGGUCUCGUGCGCUACCUGGCCCAGGUGCGGUCGCAUGUUGCGAAGCAAAAGCACGACCUGAAAGAGGCCCAGAGAAACCGGGCCUUCAAGGCUGUCCUCCGAGUCAAAAACUGGAUCAUUUCUCACAUCAGAAUAUUUGCUGUUUUUGUUAUAUGCUUUUUGAGUUUUCUUGCCAUUUUAAUUAGCUUGUGUAGCACUCACGAAUGCUGA